AGUCGUGCCUACCAUGCACAAGGCCCUGGGUUCCAGCCAAGUACCACAAAAAACCGGUACACAAAGGCAAAAUGUAGGGAGGACAGGGCCACAGACUCAGUGCUUGGCCAUGCUGCCCGCAUGAUAAGGGGCACAAUGUGACCACAUCAGGUGCCAUGUGACCUGUCCCCCACCUGGCCAGGGGCCCUGAGGGGCAGGGCAGGCCAAUACCCCCUUCCGCCCAGCCAGCAGCAGAUUUCCCCUAAGAAGGCACCAGAUCAGGGUCCAAGCUGAUUCUACUGGAGCCUAGAAACCACGUGUUCUCAGGGACUCCUGAGAGCUCCCCUUCCAGCCACAAUGCCCCCACAGCUGGGUUUCUGCUUGACUUGUUUCCCCAAAGGAGGGAGCCCCACGGCUCCUGCUCUUUCUCCUCUCCUACUUGCCCAGGACUGCUUGGUUGUUCCGCCGUGCCAGGCACCCCACAAAACACUAGGACAUGCCCCAGGCCUCCCGCUGCAGAAGGGCCCAGUGACCCUCUCGUGUCGCCCAUGGUCCCCAGCGGCAGCCCCCAGUGUCCCCCCAGCAGUGGCGAGAGCAAGCUGUGGGCUGCACUGCUGCGUGCUGUGCUCUCAGAUCCAGUCCUGGACGGCCUGCCGCUGUCCCCGCUGCCCACCUUUCCCAGCCAGGAAGCAGGGCCGGAGAACCUCGAAUCCCCUGAGGUCUUCACCGUGGGGACCAAGGCCUUUACCUGGACACCUUUUCCGCCAGCCCAUGGGGGCCAAGGCCAUGCUGAGAGGCCAGUGAGAGGUCCUGCGGGUCCCCUGGGGUCCCCCACCCCAUCCCUGGAAGGACAGCAUGUACCUGAUCCCUGUGGGACCCCCAGGCCCCAGGAGCAGCUGACCAAGGAGGGGGCCUUGGCCCUGCAGAGCUGCCCCAUGUGCCAGAAGGAGUUCACGGCUGACCUCCCUGAGUGCUGGGAUCACAUAGGUGUGUGUGCAUCACUACGCCUGGCUUUGGCCUUCUUGAAGAAGUCAACCAGUCCACGUGGUCACACCGAUGGGCCAGUGCCCGCCCCACCGAGCAGGCCUCCAUCGCAGCCAGCAGUCUCAGCCUGAAGCCUGGCCUUCUGCUGACACAGCUGGACGUGGACGGCCACCUUGCACAGUGCCUGGCUGAGAGCACGGAAGAUGUGGAGUGGUAGCACGGGGGCCUGGUGUCCCCCCACCCUCAGCCUGCACAUUAAAAUUGGGUUCUCACCAGUGA